AGGACGGAAAAUAUCCCCUUUUCCAGUGAGUGAGCCGACUUGUUCCCUUAUCUCGCCCUAUUGCCAGCGCGCACGAAAUGUCCCGCCCGGUGAGAACCCGGCUGACUUCGAAGUAGGAGCACAGUCCAGCGCGAGACCAGCCUUCAAUCGCUGCACGGGAGCGAUCCGUACAUUCUGUUUCGUUUUUAUAAUCCAGAGGAGUGUGAUAAAACGUCUCGGCGGAGCAGAUCGAUUGCGGUUUUUUCGGCGAAUAAUGUGCGUUGAUUGAUAGUGAGCUAGCGGGCAAACGGCACACGAAGCACCCAGGCGCCGAAAUAUGCUAUUUUCCAGCGCCGAGCGGGCCCAGUAGUGCAGAAAAGUUGGAUUUUCCGAGUUGGGGUCUCCACCCCAAAGGCCAGGCCAGCCAGCAGCAAUCAUCGAAUCCAUCAUCAUUAGAGGGUAGUGGAAGGAAAAAGUGAAAAAGCCAUUCGCCCAAUCGACCCAUCGCCGUCGUCGUCGUCGAGCGUGAGAGCAGUGAGAGCGGAAGAAAAUUGGAAGUGAGAGUGCGUAGCCCGUAGUAGUGGACUCGCGGACUGUUUCGUGUACCCUCCCAUAUUUUGGUUUGGGAGAGAGUGAGUGUGCCAUUCAAGUGUUGAUCGAAGAACGAGAGUGAGAGUGCGAGAGCGCAGGAGUGCAAAAUCUCCACGGUUCAAAAGGUGGAUAUUGGAUUUUUAUAUGUAAAGUAAUAUGGAGGAUCUGAAAGAUGGUGAUAUAUUUUAGUGAAAUACAAAGUUAGAAACGAAUUUAUUCGGAAGGAAAAGUGCACCAAAACGACGAAACGCCCCGGAAGGACCCGAUUUAGGAUUAGUGAUUGGAGUUGAAGCCUUCUGGGACCAGUGAAGAUAUCUGCCCUCAAGAGUGGAGAUUGUGCGAAAGUCCCAACAAUUGAAAACUGCAGAUAAUCGAUAAAUCGGUGUUGAAUUUUUUUUCCUCUCUCUGUGGCUGUGUGGCACCAGAAUAAAGUGUGUACGGGAAAAGCGAAUCUGUCCGGACGGAAGAAGAACAAGAAGAGGAGAGAAAGUCAGCACCCCUAAUUGUCCAUAAGUUUUGCUUUCUGGGAUAGUUUAUUACUUUAUCGCAAAUUGCUCGUCGAAACAGAAGGAAUCACAAGUGUUCAGUAGCUGCACCUCAGAAUGAAUGAGCUGGAAGCCCUUAGGCAGGAAGCGGAAACGCUAAAGAAUGCAAUCCGGGAUGCUCGGAAAGCAGCCUGCGACACUUCGCUGGUGCAGGCGACUAAUAAUCUGGAACCCAUCGGAAGGAUACAGAUGCGAACCAGACGUACCCUGCGAGGACACUUAGCGAAAAUCUACGCCAUGCACUGGGGUAGUGACUCACGCAAUCUGGUCUCCGCUUCGCAGGAUGGAAAGCUGAUUGUAUGGGACUCGCAUACGACGAACAAGGUUCAUGCGAUCCCGCUGCGAUCGUCCUGGGUCAUGACUUGCGCGUAUGCUCCGUCGGGUAACUUCGUUGCUUGCGGUGGCUUGGACAAUAUUUGUUCAAUCUACAAUCUGAAAACUAGAGAAGGAAAUGUAAGAGUAUCACGUGAGCUUCCGGGACAUACUGGAUAUUUGUCCUGCUGCCGGUUUCUAGAUGACAACCAGAUUGUCACCAGUUCCGGUGACAUGUCCUGCGGACUGUGGGACAUUGAGACCGGGCAGCAGUGUACAUCGUUCCUGGGACACACCGGAGACGUGAUGGCACUAUCCCUUUCUCCUCAGUGCCGUGUGUUUGUUUCCGGAGCUUGCGAUGCUUCGGCCAAGCUGUGGGACAUCCGUGAGGGCCAAUGCAAGCAGACCUUCCCUGGUCACGAGAGCGACAUCAACGCCGUGACUUUCUUCCCGAAUGGGCACGCAUUCGCCACCGGUUCGGAUGACGCCACCUGUCGGCUGUUCGACAUCCGUGCCGAUCAGGAAUUGGCCAUGUACUCGCACGACAACAUCAUCUGCGGCAUCACUUCGGUAGCAUUCUCCAAAUCCGGUCGGUUACUGCUGGCCGGGUACGAUGACUUCAACUGCAACGUGUGGGAUACGAUGAAAGCGGAACGGGCAGGUAUCCUGGCAGGUCAUGACAAUCGCGUAUCGUGCUUGGGAGUCACCGAGAACGGAAUGGCCGUUGCGACCGGUUCCUGGGAUUCGUUCCUGCGCGUCUGGAACUAAGUACGUGGAGACAAACAAUAGCAACCACUCACACAUACAAACAAGAACCACAACCAAACACUACACGCUGAAUUAUUUUUUGAACAGAACUCAAUCGAAUAGGAUUGAACGCAUUUCAUGGAAGCAAAACCACAAACCCAUCUUGAACUCAGAAGGCACAAAAUCACAGUAUGAUUGGAACCGAAUCCGCAAGUUUAAUUUAAGAACUACCGGCAGAAAAGUGCAUUUUUCGGAGAAAAGUUCUCAAAAACGAUUUAUUUUGUUAUGUUUUAGUAUUUUGUUUCUAGGUUUUUAACGAACGAGAACAUUUAGCACAAACAUUUUACGAUGUAACAAACAUAUGAUUGUUGUGAUAGUUUUCAAUCUUUACGCGCAAUUAUUUAUUUAUUUACUGUUAGAAGGAAUAGUUUCGGAGCUUUACUACUCUAUUUCUUUUUCGCGAGAACGCAUUUUACACAAUUGACAAAGGAACCAAAAACUAUUGUAUCGUUUGCUUUUAAGUCGUAUAUUAACUGUUGUUUUUAGUUUUAUCAAAGAGCUAUACUACUGUCAAUGUAGGUGAAUGUUAGACUGCUGAGGAAUCUUUAACCCAAACUCCUUCGAGAGAGAUUUUACGUUGUUUUAGACUUUGGUUUUACACAUACUACCAGACGGCUUCCAGAAAGCUGGAAGUUGGCUGUUUGCACAACCAUCGAAACCAUUGUUGACGAGUGAGCCGAUAACAGCAGCUAGACUGACUCAUAGGCGCAGCUUUUUGAUCGUCCAUAGUCAGGCUAGAUUGAAUUACCUGGAUCGCUAUCAUCAUUGGUUUACAUUCAUUUCUUAUCGUGUAUUACAUUCGAGUAUUGUUUUAAGUGGCUGCUUUUCAGCUGUAUUAGAUUUUCUAUUCGAAGCAAAGUGUUAUUCCUUCUAUUUGUACACAAACAUAUACAUGUAUGGAACGAUAAUCUAUUUAUACACACAACUUUGUAUUUAUUUAUAUUUAGUCUGUACAAUCAACCUCUAUUGAGCGAGAAGAAAGCAUAGAGCGAAGAGGAAGUUAUCAAAAAUCGAACAAAAAAAACAUUAAAGCGACAGUGUUGCCAGAAUCACUCCACCGUGCAAGAGCUCCCAAGGGGCGUUAUCUUAACGGAAAUGACGGAGCGGUCACAGUAUUCCUACACAUGUACCUCUCUCUUUUUGGGCCCGCCAGUUUUGGGGCAAAUCCAAUUAGGUUUCCUUAGGAUACUGAGCUCCUGCAUUUGGAAGGAUUCCGCACGAAAGUUUAAUUUUUAGGUUUUGAGAGACCACUUAGGGUGGACAUUCCCACUGCCGAAGUAGGUCUACUGAGGCAUCUGGAAUGGUUACCCUAUGGUCGGAUUCAAAUGCUCUCCUCAUUCGAAGCCAUAUUAAUUUACAACGUAUUUAUGAUAGCGAUUAUGUAUAAAAACAAGGUGAAAAAACGGUAGGAUCAAGCAUACCUAAACAUUCGCAUGGUUACCUUAAUUUGAACGAGAAUUUAGUUGCACUAGUCAAUACUAGGUGACAGUCGCUUAUCCUUGUUGUGUAUUUUUUGAACAAGACUCUGUUUGGAAUUCCUUUCGCAUAGUUGAAAAUGAGACAAGCAUGGAGCACGUCAAAUAGUCAGAGAAAUCAUGAUCAUAUAUCAAGAAAAGCACGAUGGAGAGGACAGAAACAUAGAAAUGCCUAUAAACUAAAAUUGAAAUCUUACACACAGAUGUGAGAUUGUUUUUAAAGUUCACAAAACAUUGCUAGGAAGGAAUGAACUGUCACAAACCAUAAUAAAACACAAGUACACAUUCUGUUUUAGUUUUUCUCGUGAAUAUUUGAAUCAUUAAACACAUAAACAUAUAGCGAAGAUAAGUGUGACAUGAGUAUUAUAGAGAAGCAAAAACAAACGGUAUAGAAAGCAAGAUCAUUGUUUGAAUAAUUAACCUGCAGUUCAGCGAGAAGCAUAGCACACACACACAUAUGCACGAUCCAAGUCACAAACAAUACCCAAUGGAACGUAUCGACAGGCGCAUCACCUCACACUAGUCAGCGCGCUGUGGGAAGAAAGGGCUCUCUGACACAGAAGGUGGAGCCACUGUGCUCCGCUUUGCUGACAAGUGUGUCGUCGCAAGCAUCUUCGUUUGCUAGUAUGCGUGUGCUCGGUGCGUUUGCGUUGGUCCACAGCAGUCGUUAUUCCAACGAAACAAAAAUUCACAAAUCAAAACGCAUUGCAUGAUUGGAUGAUGCAUUACAGAGAACAAUGCCCUCUGUGGAUCAACUGGAUCAAGCCGUUGGUGUGUGUGCAUUUCAGUCGAUUGAAAGAUCUUCGAACGGUUUGCAAGAAGAAAUUUCUAGUAAGCGCCACCCACUGCCUAGUAUCUUCAAAAAAAAAAAACAAGAAUAAAACCAAUAUUACAAACAAAAGUGACGAAAACUUAAACAAACUAAAGAAAAAGCAAAUAGGAUGUUAGAUUUGAAGCAGAGAACCAAUACUUUUACCAACAACAGAAACAUCAUGGAAAUUGGAUGAAUCAAUGGAUUACUAGCAAAUUGAAAAUUCCAUCAAACUCACACAGACACAUAUUGACCCUUUUUGUAACGCUUUUGCAAGUGUAAGCGUGCGCUGGUUACACCCAAAGACAGCGCAUAAUUUCAUUAAACAUACCGCGCAAUGAAGUCACUAAAACUGUGCGGAAACUUUCAUUGCCCCAGUGCAUUCAAUUCUACUCAUUUACACGGCUUUCUGUUUGUCAUCGUACCGUGUGUUGAUCAAACUUGGAUACCAUGAAGGCGGAUAGAACAAUCCACGCACACUUUGCCGGUAGCGUAACGAAACGGAACCACGAGAUGGCGUGCAAAGUCUGCCCAGAUCGAUCGCACACACGUCUUCAUCUUUGCCUACUACGUCAGCAAAGCUGACAGACUGAAGCAAGCUUUCAUGCCGACUUUGAUCGAACAAACACUGAACGUCAUUGUGACAAAUCGCUUCAUUUCGAUUGUUGCCAUUUUUCUCAGUGUACAAAACAUAUUGACAUCGUCAUGAACGCACGAAGACAAAUCUUUGAUUAUGGAUUAUGCUAAUAAUUUUGAAUAAAACACUAAAAUAAACCAACAGAUUUACACACUACUGUGUGGAAGUGGACAAAGGAAGCGAUUCAUGCAAACAAAUUGAACCAUUUAAUGAAAAAAACAAUUUUAUUCUUAGGGGCUUUUAAACAAAUGCGGACGCUUUUGAUAACGUCAUUUGUGCUUUGCGUCUGAAAAAGAAAUUUGAGUUUACCCUGUAAUGUGAACGUGUACGGAUGAAUAUGAAACCAAUAUGCGACUCAAAUGACCAAACAAGAAAACAGCAAGACACAAAUCCACGCGAAUUAUUUGAACUAUUGAUUGCACACACAUACACGUACAUAAGCAUCAACAGAAUGUGAUUCCGAAUCCCAAAUUUCCAUCUCAAGAAAAUCACAUCUUUCAUACUACCACGUCUUAGUUUGAAUUAAUAACAGAAAUCUCGAGUUUUCCAAAACGAGUUUUUAAAGGACGUUAUCUUUGAUGAACGAAGAAGUUUCAAAAACCAAAGAUCUGGCAUGAGCGCCUCAUAGCGAAACGAGGAAAAUACAUCAAACAAAUGAGACAAGCAAAAUCAACUCGUAUAUGAGCAGAACAGAUCAUGAAUUCUAAGUAAUUGAAAAAAAAACAACAUUUUAAGGUGAAAAUCUCUCUUUUACAAAACACCCAACAAAUGCAUGCGCUUUUCGUCCGCUAUUGCGUUCUGUCGUCACGGAGCAAAACCCUAAACCGACGACAGUCAGCGGGCAAAUCUCACACAGCAACUACAAACAAAAACUACAAGAGCUAGUGACAAUUUAGAGCGGUACAUUCGCACGAAGAACCGAAUGGAACGAACCGCAUCUUUGUGGAAAUACAAACAAAUAAGGAAAUGAAGAAGAACAAAC